UUGAAAUAUCAAGAAGCCAUUCGUGAGCGAGGACGUCACUCACAAUGAAUUCAGUGACGCAACAGUCCGAUGUGAAGAUUGCUGUACAUUAUGUUACCUGCCGUCACCUCAGUGAGCUGAGCAACUUCAUUUGGAUGGUUUAUACAUUUGAUGAUUUGACUUUAUUUUUAUUUUACUUUGUACUAUCUUAUAUACUAUCUAUCAAUAUUUUAUUUAAAAAUCUAAAAUCUGUGAGCUAUAUUUACUUGCUAUCUUACCACUCAUCGCUCACGUCUCGAGACUGGAGCUGGCAUUACAUCUACCUACUUUUUAUACCGAAAAAAGGGCGGAGGUCCCGUAGGAACUUCAAAUUGUGAACUAUACAACCGAUUUACUGAAAUUCUCUAUGAAUGUACUAUAUGGAGGUGGUGGAGGAGCGUUCGUGCUGGCAGAAGGCGAGCGGCGCGCUGUGCGUGGCUCUGAGCGAGGUGUUCUCGUGGCUGAGCGGCGUGGAACUGGCGGUGAGCGCACGCGUGUGCGGCGCGUGGCGGGCCGCGGCGCGCGACAGUCGGCUGUGGCGGCGACUGCUGCGCCGCGCCGGCGUCGCCAACCACACGCUCACGGCACUUCGUGAACACAAUCCGAUGAUAUCCUGGCGACAAGAAUAUGUGAAUGUAUGCGCGGGUUGGAAACUAGCGGCGCAGGUGCCAGGAGCACAGCACGGGGAAGGUCUCGAGCAGCGCCGCGGCGGAGGCGCGCUGCUGACGCACGCGUCGCUGGCCGCGGCGGGCGACAGGCUGGCCGUAGCUGCCGACGAUGGAACUUUUGCGAUUUGGGUACAAGUCAACCACGUGUGGCAAGAAGAAUGGUCCACGGAUCUCCGAAUGCGCGGGUGGACGGGGGCCGUGCGCUCGGAGUGGGCGGCGGAGGGGCAGGAGGAGAGCGAGGGGCAUACGGGGGUCGGUGGUCGAUGGCUGUUGGUGACGGGCGCUCUCGCACUCGCUGACCGAUGGGAGCUUCUUGUCUUGCAGCGAGACGAACUUGGGACCUACCGGUCACAAGCUCGUGCGGGCUGCAGCGCAGGUGCGGGGGGGUGCUGGGCGGGGACGGGGGUAUUUCUCUCGCUGGAGCUGUGCCGCCUCGCCCCCAGGCUCGCCAUCACUGUCGUCUGGCUCAACGCUGCUACACAGGAGACGCAGUCAGAGUACGCGGGGGUGUCGUCUCCGCUACUGCGUAUUUUCAAUGAAGACAGCGCUCACCUCACCCAUGUGCUGGUAGCUGACGUACCUUUGGAGGCAUUGAAAACCGUCAGCACUGAUGUUUGUGAAGAAGGUUCUUGUUCUCCUGGAAUCAGUUAUUUUCUUGCAUCAACAGAUACAAAUCGACUUAUAGCUGAAGAGAGCGUGCAGACGUUAGUGACGGCCAGUCAGGGAGCGGGCGGCGCGCUGCGAGCGUGGAGCGUGUCCGCGCGCCGGCCGCCGCCGCUGCGCGCGCGCGACGCCGGCGACCUGCGGAUGCGCGCGCGCCGGCGCCGCGCCGCGCCCGUCGCCGCGCCCGAGCCGGACGACCCCGACGAGGCUACUGUACGCGCCAUGUGCAACCCACCUGAAGCAGAGUGUUUUCUACAUGCUGCUAUUCUAGGACUCGUACUUCAUUCCAGCGCGCGGUGUAUGUGGGCCAGCACGGCGGAUGGGAGUGCGUGGUGCUUAUCGCUCCCGACCUUGCAACGACUGUGCAUGCUAUCGGGCGCUGACGGCGCUUUUCCCAGCGACCAGUACUACAUCCAGCCGGCGGUGUCGCCGCGCUACGUGGCGUCGCCGGCGCGCGGGCGCAGCGCCGGCGUGCGGCUGUGGUCGGCCGCGACCGGCGCGCUGUGCCCGCGGCCGCCGCAGCUCUCGCGCGCUUCGGGCGCCGCCCUCGUUUGUCUCAUGUCUCCGCGGCAACAAGAGUUGCUAGUGCUCGCUGGACACUAUGUGCAUAUCUGGCAAAGUCAAGCAACCUCGCAACGUAACUAGCAUUUAGGUAUUAUUAGGUACCUAGGUAUUUUAAAAAAAUAAAAUAUACAAAUAAAGCAGUACCAGUUGUUUAACUUUUUUGUUGAUUUUUAAA